AUGGUACCACGAUCUAGUCACACCGCAGGCUCGUCCGUCAAUGGUGAGGGUAUGACUGGUUACCACCGGAUGAGCCACGGCGAUCUGAGUCACCACUUGUCGCUGUCCCAACGCGUCGGCAACCGUCAUGGCGCUCUCGGCAGCACCGGUCAUCUGGAUCGCGCCGCCAUGAUGCAACACAGUGGCAACGUUUCGGAAUUCGGUGCC